AUGGCAACCAACGUCGUUGUGAUAGCUUCCGACCUGCGCCGGGCUACUAUCAAAGUUACACCUGGAACAUAUCUGAUUGACGUAUUGGAGGAAGCAUGUCGAAGGCUUAACCUCUCUAGUGACAAGUAUCUCGUUAAGCACCGGCAAAAAACAGUCGAUCUCUCUAUUCCUUUUCGUUCUUCUGGCCUAAGUCCUGGCGCAAAGCUCGAGCUUGUGCAGAAGUCAAAAACACCCUCCGCCAUUCAAGUCGCCCUUCAAUUUCCUCAUCCUGAGGCUCACGAAAUACCAGGUGGAAGGCUGAUCCAAAAGUUUCCCAGCGAUCUGACCAUAUGGAAGGUUUUGCGCCAAUUCGAGAGUGGCGAGGCGAGUAAUGGAAAGAACAUCAAUAUCACUGCCCGCGGGGUUGCGUGUAUGGAAAACGGCUCAGGAAGUGGUAGCGGGCAGUUACAUUACGAAACACCCGUCUUGAACAUUAUGGGUAGAGAACUCUCGUCUUUCACAGACUUCCAGAAGACACUGUCACAACUCGGAUACAAUUCUGGAAGUGUUUUGAUCAGAUUGGCCUAUCGCCAGACGGACAAGACAUUGUUCGACGCUAUGACGGAUAUCAGCCAAUUCUUCAACGAUACAGAUGAAGAAUACCAAAAAAAAGAGACACUAACGACAGAGGCCGAGCCUGUUUCAACGGAAGAAGAGAUAGGAAAACAGGAAGAGCAUGCACCACAAGGGACAGCCGGCUCAAAAAUGGAGGAUGUUCAGGUAGAGCCGUCUCCGGAGGCAAAGUCUGUUCAACAGGAGGAAGGGUCUGAGACUGUUACAGAAGACAAUAUGGAAGUCGACUCUUCUCAACCUAAUGAUCCACUGGCACCUGUCAACGUCUUCCUGGCACCUUCAGGGUCAACACCCGCAGCAGCUUUGGCUCCUGCUCCCGACACAGACUUCGCUCCCACCAUCGCGCAUGCGCAACUCCACCAAGCUCGAUUACAAGAAAACUCAAGAAACAAACGAUUGCUUUCGGAUAAGGAGUUAGAGGAAAAAGCUGCUGCAGAAACCGCCAAGAUCAACUCUAUCAAAUCCAUUCUCAUCAAGGUCAGGUUCCCAGAUAACACCAGUAGCGAUUGGCAGGUGAACCCGUUGCAUACUGGAAGGUUCCUGUACGACGCUGUCCGACACGUCAUGGCUCAUAACGACAAACCCUUCCAUCUAGUCCUCCCCGGAACCAAAAUUGUGAUCAAGGACGACCCUAGCUCCAACAAUGGACUAAUAAAAGCCUAUAAAAUGUCGGGAAGAACUCUUAUCAACUUGGUGUGGGACGAUACGGUGCCACAAGCUAUGCGGAAAGAAGCUUUCCUCAAGGCCAAUGUCGCUCAACAAGGCCAACAAGUCAAGGUCCCCGAACCUGACACUCUCAAUGAGAAGGACGAGGAGGAGCCUGUGGCUCGGCCAGCGCCAACAGAGAAGGAUGAAGGAUCUGGGGACAAGAUUGCGAAGAAGAUACCCAAGUGGCUCAAGCUAGGAAAGAAAUAA